AGGAGUCAGACCGAAGCUUUACUUGACUCAAAUGGGCAUGUCAGAUGGUGGACUGGCCCUUCUGCUGGAUGCCGGAAACCCCCCAUGGAGGAGGGAGUGUUUCCAGCGAGACUCCAGCUCUGCCACUGAGGGACAAGGGUCCUGGAUUCCAAAAGUGUUGGGAUGGAGACGACAAGUUCCUCUGGGUCCUGGCUGUCCAGUUGCCUCCUCACUCUGAUCUUCCUCCAGCUGCCAGAGCACAUGUCAGGGGAUGCUGGCAAGUUCCACCUGGUCUCCCUGGGGGGCACGGCCGAGCUGCUCUGCCCUCUGUCCGUCUGGCCGAUGACCAUGCAGGAGGAGGUGAGGUGGUUGCGGCCCUCACACCAGCAGGGCUCCCGGGCUGUGCACAUGUUCCUGGGUGGGAAGGACAGAGAUGAAGAUGUGAUACCAGAAUAUAAGGGCAGGACAGAGCUUCUGAGAGACCUCCAAGGGGGAAAAAUCUCUCUACGGAUCCGCAACGUGAGCCUUGAGGACAAAGGACCAUACCAAUGUCAGAUCCAGGUCGGAAAUUGGACGCAAGAAGGCACUGUGACCCUGAAGGUUGCAGUCCCAUCUUCGGAAAGACUCUCCUCCUCAACAGUGGGUCUGGCUGUGGUCCUACCUGUCCUGUUGCUGCUCAUCACAGCAGGCAUUUAUGUCAUCUGGAAGCAAAGAAGAUCAAAAGAGAAGCUUCUCUAUGAACAGGCAUUGCAGGUAGAAAAUCUUCUGGAAGACCAUGCAAAAGAAAAAGGAAGACUCCAUAAAGCCAUCAAGAAACUCCGGAGUGAACUGAAGUUGAAAAGAAGCGCAGCCAAUUCAGGCUGGAGAAGAGCUCGGCUGCAUUUUGAGGCAGUGACCCUGGAUCCAGAUACAGCACAUCCCAAACUCAUCCUGUCUGAGGACCGGAGAUGUGUGAGACUUGGUGACAGAAAGCAGGCUGUGCCCGACAACCCGCAGAGAUUUGAUUUCGUUGUCAGCAUCCUGGGGUCUGAGUACUUCACAGCUGGCUGUCACUACUGGGAAGUGCAUGUGGGAGGCAAGACCAAGUGGAUCCUUGGGGUGUGCAGUGAGUCAGUGAUUAGGAAGGGGAAGGUCACUGCCUCACCUGCCAAUGGACACUGGCUUGUUCGCCAGAGUGGUAGGAAUGAGUAUGAAGCUCUCACAUCCCCGCAGACCUCCUUCCGCCUGAAAGAGCCUCUCAGGUGUGUGGGGAUUUUCCUGGACUAUGAAGCUGGCAUCAUCUCCUUCUACAAUGUGACCAGCAAAUCCCACAUCUUUACUUUCACUCACAGUUUCUCUGGCCCCCUCCGCCCUUUCUUUGAACCUUGUCUUCAUGAUGGAGGGGAAAACACAGCACCUCUAAUCAUUUGUUCAGAACUACAGAAAUCAGAGGAAUCAACUGUCCCCAAGCCAAAAGAAAAAGCCCAUGCUAAUGGAGAUGUGGCCCUGAAGAUGAACUCUUCCUUACUCCCCCCUCAGGCCCCGGAGCUUUUCCCACUCAAGGAUAUGAUCCUGUCCUGGCCCUCUGACCUUGGCCCAGCCCUUCAAAAGCUCAAGGUUCCUUCUUUUUAGGGAUAUGCCUCAUGAACUGCUCCCGUGGCCACCCAGAAUGUUCAGGCUCCUGGAUUUCAAGGCUCCUGGCUCAACACCUGAUUCUGGAAUAUCUUUUCUCCUUAACUCAAAUCCAGACCCUUCUGUGUUUUCUAUUUGUACCACGUUUUUCCUAGGGCUCAGUUUUAAACCCUGUCUUUCUUCUAGGGACUUGAAGCUCCCAUUGCCAUGGAAGGAGAGUUCCUAAAAACCAAAUGCUCAAUUUAGGUGUAGGCAAAAAUAUUGGAUGUGUGUCACCAGGGUUAACUCAAGCUCAGGGAAAGCAUUCUCUAUUUGAGAGGAUAUUUACAGGAACCUCUGCCUAUCUCAUCCUAUGCUCUAGCUUUGAAGUUACAGUUCCCAGGUGUAACUUCUUACUUUUCCACCAAAGAAUGCUCCCUCUUUCCUUCCUUCUCUCUGCCCCCCCCUCCCACUUCUGUCUCUCUCCUUUCUCUCUUUCUCCCUCCUCCUCCCUCCCUCCCUUUCUCCCUUUCUCCCUUUCUCCCUCUCUCUUUCUCUCUUUUCUUUUCUUUUCUUUCUUUCUUUCUUUCUUUCUUUCUUUCUUUCUUUCUUUCUUUCUUUCUUUCUUUCUUUCUUUCUUUCUUUUCUUUUUUUCUCUCUCUGCCUCUAGCUCCCAGUCAGCUUUUAAAAAGUAAACAUGCUCUGGAUCACACACCCUCCUUUCUUCUUCAGGAAUCGGGGUAGGACAGAGGGUUAAAACAGGCCAUUCUUUUCUCUUUUUUUUUCAAAUGCAAUAAUAGAGGUUAAACCCAGGGCCUUUGUCCUGAGCUCCAUCCCCAGCCCUUUUUUGAUUUUUUAUUUUGAGACAGGGUCUUUCUAAAUUACUAAGGUGCCUAGGCUUGGCUCAAACUUGGGAUCCUCUUGCCUCAGCCUCACAGAGUGCUCGGUCUUUCCAUUUUCUUGAUGUUGUUUACAACAUAAUUUGGAGACAUCCAGAGCAGCAACCAUAAUCCUGAGAAGCCAUAGGCGCAGUCAGGGAGCUGCAAACCAAACAGUUCAGCUGUAUGUGACCCUGAACAGACAGGAGCAGAUGAAUCGGUCAGCUGUGCUGGCUCUUUUGAAUACCCUUUAAGAUUCAGAGAGGUCCAGUGACAAACAGUGGCAAUUUUAAUCACUCAUAUAGAGCUUUCUCCAUAACUAUCAUGCUGGAAGACUUGGUGAUUUGUACAUGAAAUAGCCCUGGGUCAGAGAGAAUUGAUUUCAAUGAAGUUGGCAGCCUUCUCAUCUGAAAGGUGUGAGGAUAAAAUAAUGAAUCUGAUUUUUGGGUGUGAUUUUCAGAAAGAAGGCUAGUUACUUUCAGGUCACACCAUAUAUGUGGUCUGGCCUGUUUGUGGAGAUAUUGGCUAUCCAUUUGCAGAUGGGUACAUAGUUUGGCUCAACAGAAGCUAAAUCAGUCAAUCAGAAAUCUUCCCAUUAGUGCCUGUAUUAGUCAAAGAAAAUAGUUCAUAAGCAUUCAUAUGAUUAUGGAAGCUGGCAGGCUUGAAAUCUAGGAAGAGCCAGUGUUUCAGUUCAAGUCUUUAGAUGGAGGAAAAGCUGAUGUCCAGUCAAAAAGCUGUCAGACAGGAAGAAUUUUCUCUUACUUGGGGAGGUCAGCUUUUUCUAUUCAUUUCUUCAGUUGAUUGGAUGAGCCACACCCACAUUAAGGAGAUCAUUCUGUUUCACUUGUUUUUUUAUUUAGAUGCUAAUCUCAUCUAAAAACACCUUCACAGAAACACCUAGAAUAAUGUUUAGCCAAAUUCUGGGCACUUUGUGACCCAGUCAAAUUGAUACAUAAAAUUAACCACCACAAUGCCUGAGUGGAACUUCUCAUUUGCUUUUGCAUACUUCUUCAAUAAAACCUUUGCUAUUCA